AUGUCCAACCUUCCAUAUGCCGCCGAUGCGGAAAGUCCCUUGAAACCCGCCGAGCUACAGGUCCUGAGAGCGCAAUAUGAGAAAGAAGGCGACUAUGUCGGGAUCCAGACAAAGUUCAACUACGCAUGGGGUCUGAUCAAAUCCAACAUCCGUUCCGAACAACAAGAAGGCGUUCGCCUGCUUUCAGAGAUCUUCCGCGGAGCUCCAGAGCGGCGACGUGAAUGCCUCUAUUAUCUGGCCCUCGGCAACUUCAAGCUAGGGAACUAUGGCGAAGCCCGCCGAUACAACGAUUUGCUCCUGGAGAAGGAGCCCGCAAACCUCCAAGCUGCCAGCCUUGGAUCUCUCAUCGAUGAUAAAGUCGCCAAGGAGGGCCUGGUUGGCGUUGCGAUUGUGGGUGGCUUGGCUCUCGUCGCGGGUGUGGAUUGGCGUGGCCUACAUAAGGCUGCGGCAGCCGAAAAGGGUGCUGUUGGAGUAUAA